AUUCUGUGUUCCAUCAGAAUGCGUGGUACGGAUUUCCAAGCGUUACCUUAGGCAUAGCCUUUAGGCGAGCAAGCCGUAUACCCCAAAAAUAGUAGGGAAAGCUAACGUUUACGCAAAAACAGGUAACUAAUAGGUAGACGUUGGCAAAUCUUUGUGGAUAUAGCUAACAUACAACCACAGCUAGCUAUUUUAUAUGAACAAAAACUAUAGCUACCAGCCAGAAAAGUGAAGAUGGCGACAAUUGUACCGGAAGUUGUGCAGUGCACCAUACUGAAUUUGAAUUGUCUAAGUUGUGCUAACAGUUGAGGAGCUGGCUACAAGGUAGCACACGAUUUGGCUAUGCUUUAUUAAAUUGCUAUAUUUUUCAUUACACACUUUAGUAUUUGUCGGGUACGAAGGACAGUUUGCAAGAAUGUAGCUUGCUAGAGAAGUUGCAGUAAUGCCGAUAUAUUGAGAUUUUGUCUAUUGAAUAUGACCUCGUUACCGUCACCCCAGCAGUACACAGCAUCAAGCUCAGCAUGCAACAUAUUACCUGGUGAUGGGAGUCAGGUGCAGCCCAAAGCCCCUCUCCUGCAGAUUCUGCGUGUGGCUGGAGCCCAGGAGGACAUCUUUACCCUCAAGGAGGUGAUGCACUACCUGGGCCAGUACAUCAUGGGGAAGCAGUUGUAUGAUAAACAGAGGCAGCACAUAGUGCACUGUCAGGACGACCCACUGGGAGAGCUGCUGGAGGUCGAGAGCUUCUCCGUCAAAAACCCCAGUCCAGUCUACGAGAUGCUGAAGAAGUAUUUAGUUGUGCUGAAUUGUUCAGACGCUGCAGAGAGUCUUUCUGUGGGCCGUGAGUGUGUAGAGGGCGGAGUGGAGGACCGCGGUCAGGUGUGUGGGGGCGUGGCCAAGGCGGGCCUGGUUGUGGCCAGUGACGAGGCCCUCCCCAUGCAGACUCCGUCUCAGAGACGACCCCGGGAGCCUGACGAAGACUCUUUAGAUGGCUUGCCCCAGUCGGCCUGCAAACGCCCCAAGCUCGAUGUCACACUAGACGAGUGGGACCUCUCAGGGCUUCCCUGGUGGUUUCUGGGUAAUCUGCGUAACAACUACAGUCGCAGAAGCAACGGCUCUACGGACAUCCACACUAAUCAACUGUCUCCUGCGCAGGAUGAGGACACAGCGAUCGUGUCGGACACGACGGACGACCUGUGGUUCCUGACGGAGGGGGGAAGUGAACAGGUGAGCGUGGAAAUGAAGGAGGCCGUGCUGGAAGAAGGGAGUGGAGGAGAAGGAGAGCCACCACCUGAAGAGGAGGGAGGAGGAAAAGAGGAGAAGGCUGAUAAGGAGAUGCAGGAGGAGCCAGAUGAGGACUCUCAGUGUCUGAGUGAUGAUACGGAUAUAGAGAUCUCUACACAGGAUGCAUGGCAGUGUACAGAGUGCAGGAAGUACAACUCUCCUCUCCAGCGCUACUGCGUACGCUGCUGGGCUCUACGCAAGAACUGGUACAAAGACGUCCCACGGUUGGUCCACUCACUUUCCGUCCCCGACAUCCCAGCAUGCAGUUCUCUGGCCCCGCGAGACGAUGAGGAGGAAAGCGACACAGGCAUUGACGUCCCAGACUGCCUCAGGACCGUGUCUGACCCCGUCAUCCUGCCCUCCCACUCCACCCCCGACCGCCUGCUGCCCCCCGGGGUUCCAGGGAAGGGAAAGGGUCCUAGGCCGCGAGCCCUUCCCAGGGAGGAGCAGCUCUCUGGGGGAGAGAGUCAGGAAAGCCUGGGGAUGGAAGUAGAGGUUAGGCCCGAGGCGCUGUUGGAGCCUUGUAAGCUGUGUCGGAUGCGUCCGCGUAAUGGGAGUAUUAUACACGGCCGCACGGCUCACCUGCUAACCUGCUUCUCCUGCGCCAGGAAGCUGCACAAGUUCCACGCUCCAUGUCCCGGCUGUGGACAGAUCAUACAGAAGGUUAUAAAGACAUUCAUAGCUUGAGAGGAUUGGAACACACAGAUGUAAUGUACCAGGUUAUUUAAAAUUGGAACAAGACACAAUCACUUGCAUCAAAAGCCAGUCAUACGCCCCAGAGAGACACAGAGUAUAGCACUUAGAAGAGCAUGUUCCCUUUUGCUCUCUGUUGCCUUGUUUUGCUUGUAUCACACUGCCUCUGAGCUAUGGCGCUAGUAAUGGAAGGUACAAACCCAGCAAUGUGUUUCUUGAAGUAUCCAACUAUAUAGUUUUCUCUGUGCCACAUUUCAUGAAAGUAAUUUGCUGCUCAAUGUAACACCAUAGGUAUUUAUUUAUUUGAGGGCCAAGCAGCACUGUACGUAUGAAAACGCAGCUGUCAUUGCAGUUAACUUUUUUGUUCCCGACGGAAGACCUGUUGAAUUUGUUUCCUAUUGGCCACUGUUGUAAGUGUCCAGAAAAAGUUUCUGCCAGUUGUCAGGCUGCUGAUGUGUUUGCUGCCAUACGCUAUAUUUUAUCCCUUAAAGACCGGUCUUCUCUCCCAAGGUUAAAAUGAUGGUAAGCUAGCUACACACUGGCUGACUACAUCUCCUCCAGUGAGAGCAAGUAUGAGUUCUCAUUGCCAUGUAUAUUCAUGGAGCCUCAGUGCUUUGGUGGUCCUCCUCUUCUCCCGUUUAGUCCUUUUGUUUUUGUUUUUCUAAUUUCUCUGCAGCGGUUUUUUUAGUGUGCUCUUGAAAAACAAAGACAAGGUGGAUUGAAAGGAGAUUUUCGAUACAUACUUUUACUGAUUUAUUGACCACGUUUUGGUUGCAAGGCCUAUUUUCAAGAUAAGUCAUUAAGAAACAUUUCCUUUUGAUCCCCUUGUCAUUGUUUUUCAAUAGUAUACAUACCCCCAGGGAGAAGUCUUUACCCUGCAGUGCUGAUCAGAAUGCUUUAUUGUCUUACUGUCCUUGUCCUUACUGUCCUACACACAAUGCAAGUGAAUGUACUCCACAGACAACUUUUGCUUCUCUUUUCAAAGGCUAGUUAGUAAAAAGUAGUUAAUAUUAACGAUAAUAACCAGUCUGAAAUAUAGGUGAAGAGUCACAUCUAUAGCCCUCAAUGUAGUGUUAUUGUAAAUUAGCCCAUCUCAGUAAGGAAAUACUUUUGUAUAUAUAGUGUAUGUGGACACCCCUUCAAAUUAGUGGUUUCAGUUAUUUCAGCCACACCCGUUGCUAAAUGGUGUAUGUAAUCGAGCACUCAGACAUGCAAUCUCCAUAGACAAACAUUGGCAGUAGAAUGGCUUUACUAAUGAGCUCAGUGACUUUCAACGUGGCACCUUCAUAAGAUGCCACCUUUACAACUAGUAAGUUCGUAAAAUUUCUGCCCUGCUAAAGCUCAACUGUAAGUGCUGUUAUUGUGAAGUGGGAACAUCUAGGAGCAACAACGGCUCAGGUGUGAAGUGGUAGGCCACACAAGCUCACAGAAUGGGACCGCCGAGUGCUAUAGCACGUAAAAAUCGUUUGUCCUUGAUUGUAACACACACUAUCAAGUUCCAAACUGCCUCUGGAAGCAACGUCAGCACAAAAACUGUUAGUCUGGAGCUUCAUGAAAUGGUUUUCCAUGGCCGAGCAGCCGCAUACAAGCCUAAGAUCACCAUGCGCAAUGCCAAGCAUCGGCUGGAAAGGUGUAAAACUUGCUGCCAUUGGACUCUGGAGCAGUGGAAACGCGUUCUCUGGCGUGAUGAAUCACGCUUCACCAUCUGGUAGUCCGACGGACAAAUCUUUUGUGAAGAAGGAAUAAUGGUCUGGGACAUUUUUUUUAAUGGUUGGGGCUAGGCCCCUUAGUUCCAGUGAAGAGAUCUUAACGCUCCAAUGACAUUCUAGACGUUUCUGUGCUUCCAACAUUAUGGCAAAAGUUUGGGGAAGGCCCUUUGCUGUUUUAGCAUAACAAUGCACUGUACACAAAGCGAGGUCCAUACAGAAAUGGUUUGUUGAGAUUGGUGUGGAAGAACUUGACUGGCCUGCACAGAGCCCUGACCUCAACCCCAUCGAACAGCUUUGAGAUGAAUUGGAACGCCAACUGUGAGCCAGGCCUAAUCGCCCAGCAUCAGUGCCCAACCUCACUAAUGCUCUUGUGGCUGAAUGCAAGCAAGUCCCUGCAGCAAUGUUCCAACAUCUAGUGGAAAUCCUUCCCAGAAGAGUGGAGGCUGUUGUAGCAGCGAAGGGGGGACCAACUCCAUAUUAAUGCCCAUGAUUCUGGAAUGAGAUGUUCAACGAGCAGGUGUCCACAUACUUUUGGUCAUGUAGUGUACCUACGUGCUAGGGCUGCCAUUUUUCCUUUCCAGACCAGUAUUUACUUUUUAGUCUUAAAUAUGAAUACUAAAAUAUUCACAAUCGCCAAUUUGCUUAAAUUCUAGUUCUGCUCGCUUUAAUUUCUCCAUUUUAGUGCAGUGAUUUUGAACUUGGCAAUUUCUUUAGACCUUUGAUUCAUUGUUUUCCUGUUUUAGGAGGUGUGCUUGAUAUUAGAAGUAUUUGUGAUCCUUUAAUUCCUCCACACAUAUAUUUUUUAUUUUUAUUUUUGUUAGCCUCUUCUAAUAUCGUACAUUUUAAAUCAGAUGAGUGUUGGGACAGUAAGUAUGGAGUUGUACAUCACUACACAGAAUACAGGCCUGCAAAGCCUUAUCACCUGUGCUAAGUUUGCCCCUUGAUAAUUACAAGAAAUAAAACAUUAAAGCGGCAAUUGCAGUUGAAACAAUAACAAAGUGUUUUCCCCGCUUCUGUUUCUGUCAAAAACAGGGAUUGGGCUGGAGAAAUGUAACCGCUCAAGUUCAUAUACAGAGCUAUGGCUGCUAAGGCCUGACCAUCUAUGAUAUCAAAAUAAUAGUUUUAACAAUGUUUUGAGGCGAUACAGUGCUUGUUUAAAUGUACUUUGUUUACCAACAUUCGAGUAAAUCAGUUUUCUUUUUGGGGUUCUGAUGGGGUACGACAGUUAAACAAACUAAGCUAAUGAGGCAUUUUAAGUUAGUCUUAAAAUCAAUACAACACAUAUUGCUACUGCCAAAUGGCUUUAGUAACUGCAGAUUUUCCCUUUUUUGAAGGGAGGACUAAAGGUCAAAUAUAAAAUUACAAGAUCUUAAGGUGUGAAUAAAGCUAUAUAGAUGAUGGUAAAGAAGGUGUUUUUUUUUUUUUUUUUUAGCUUUGUCUUCUAUUUUUAGAUGCAAACUUUGCACAGGUGGAAAUGCACAGUAAUACUAUACUUAUAGUAAUACUCAGGCUCUUUGUUUCUGGAGGCCAAUAGUAUUUCCUCUAUCUAAGGUAGACAAAGACGUGUGGGGUUUUCCCGAUGAUGGUGCAUAUGACUGUGCUUGUUGAGUUUUGUUUAAGGGAAGCGUUUCACUGCCAAACGUAAUGAUUGGUUUUUGCUUGUUUAUGUUAUUAUGGAAAUUGUUUUGGGUUUCAAUUGAUAUUGGUUCUGCAAUUAUUUGCUUGAAGAUGAUGUAUUGUUUCUGUGUGUACAAUACUGUUUUCUGUUAUGCUUUUGUGAAGGUCCUGAAUGGCAGGCUGCAGGCAGGUGACCUGAAACAAAGUGACCUGUCCUCUCCCGUCUCUCUACUGCUUGUAACAGACACUGUCAGGCCUACUCUGAGACAUACUGAAACAUUAACACGCACUUGUACAGAGAGCUCUUUAUUCCUUGUCCUAGCUGUGCCUGACUGAAGGGAAUGAUGGCCUUACCUUUCACCACUGUUCAGCUCUUUACUUGUACUUAUCCCCUCUGCCUCCAGGUGGUGCUCGAUAGCAGUGGUUCUCAGUGCUCCAAGAGCUCUCGCCCGUUGCAGCUGUAUAGUAUUAAACAUGUUAUAAUCUACAUAGAGUAUGGCUGAUUAGUGUGAGACUAAACCCAGCACUGUGCUGGUGAGAUAAUUAUACUAGCAAUGUGUAUAAAAGCUAUAUUAGAUCUGCUAUAUUGUAAAGGAACCCUGCUUUGAUCCCCUUGUAUUGCCCUACUCAUAUGCCACAGAGCUCUAACCUACGAUCUAACAUGGAGGCACAUCAGAAUGUGUCAUUGUUGUGGCUGUUGAAUACUGAGAAAGGCACCAAAUUCGGAAAGAUGUGAUAAGCAUGAAUGCAACAGAACAUUCCAGAAGAACAUGGUACACCCAAUAUGGCUGCCUGUCCUCAUGUCAUGGAACAUUGCUUUGAAUUGGAAUGUUAGUUCUGCUCAUUCUAAUUCUGUUUGUAGUGCUGUAUUAUGAAUAAAGUAACAAGUACAACUAA